CCGUAAUGGCUGGGCGUAAAGUGUGCGUGGAAUAAAACGAAGAAGCACUCUUGCCUUGCAAUCGGACUCCAUGCGGCAGUCCGUGCCCGCCGCCACCUGCGCUCCUGAUUGGACCAACGACGAUGGGCAACAGGGUCAGAUGACCACUGACGUCGAGGACGACCAGACAGGGCUGCAAGCGGCGCGCCAGCAGUUCAAGGGCGAGGUGGUCGAGCCGCCCACGUCUCAGCGCGUGAGCGCGAACCCCCUCAUUGCAGCGUUCCAGACCAACAACAUGGUGCAGCGCAUCGUGUCUGGACUUCUCCUCGGUGCAGCAGUCAGCGUGUAUUUGGCGCUCGGGCCGGCCGCUGCGCCGAUCCAUCUCUGUUCGUUUGUCGUGUCUGUGUGCAACUAUGAGUACGCGUGGCUGUCUCACCGCAUCGCGUAUCGCUUCACCGUCACGUACGCGCACCAGUCGCAGGAGGACGACGCGGUCAUGGACAUCGUGCCGCUGGACGUGACGUCCGUGGCGGCGUCGCGGCUGCCGUUCGGGGCGCGGUAUCCCAAGCUUGUGGCCGGGGCCGUGGCAUUUUUCGGCACAGGCAUCGUGACCACGGCCUUCAUCCUGCUGCAAAUCCAUGUGUUCCACUACGAAACCGUGACGUACAUGAGCAUCUACCAGACGCCCAUCGUGUACACGUGGAUCGAUUUCAUCCUCCUGAUUGCCAUCUCGACAUGGAUCACCGUCUACUGCGCCAUGCUCACGCCGACGUUCGCGUCCGCCGUCAACCUCGUCAUGCAGCAGUGCAUGUACUCGCUACCGCUGGUUACGCACUUCACAUGCUAUCGGUACGACGCCCAUUGCUACCAAGUCGGAUUCACGAGUGCGCCGAAGGUCAACAUUGUCGUGCUCGUGCUCAUCAACCGCGUGCCAUGGUGGCGCCACGUGUCCAAGACCCAGACCAUCGAGGCGGUUCUCCAUGUGAUUCUGGACGUCGUGGGCUUUGCUUACAUCGCCAUGCUCAUGACCCCCGUGGCGGGCAUCCUCAUGGAGAUCGACGAAGGCGCGCGCAUCGCGCUUGGCUUUCUCGCCGUCGUAUGGGGCGUCGACACGGGCGCGUACUUCUGCGGCCAUCUGCUCAAGUCCAUCGGGUACAAGCGGUCGCAUUUCCUCGCUCGACACAUCAGCCCCAACAAGGACAUAGAGGGCAGCAUCGGCGGCAUCCUCUUGGGGCUGGCCGCCACGCUCAUUGUGGACGCGCUCUGGAUCAACAUGAAGGCCAUCUCAGUCAACGACGAACUCCUCGCGAAGCACCGCCGCGAACAUGUGUGGCGCAUCGUGUUUGCCGUCGUCGGCGGCGCCAUCUCGCGGUACGGUGACCUUUUUGCGAGUCUGUUGAAGCGCCUCGCGGGGGUCAAGGACACAGGGACGCUCAUCCCGGGCCACGGCGGGCUCCUGGACCGGGUAGAUGCGAUGCUGUUUCUAGGCGCUGUGUUCGUGUUGUACCAUCGCAUUGGAUCACCGAGCAAUUAUGAUGCAGACAUCUCGGACUGGUACCAUGACCUGGUCCACCUGCGCAACGAUAUCUUGGCGGCACAAGGACGAGGAUAACUACAUCGACCGUGUCCUCGAUAUUUAUGUAGUGUAUAUAUAUUGUAUAAUAUAUACUCCGAGUAU